AUGGGCAGACUCUCUCACGAAUCCUACAGCUCGCGCUCCUCUAUCGACACCACCUUGAACGGCGAAGGCCUGCCCCUCUACUCGGACAUCUCCGUCACUUCGCCUUCCGACCUCACUGCUCCGGGAGAAAAAGCAACACCGGACGAAGUGCGCGAGUUUCUCGUACGCUUGCUUAUCAAGAACAGAGGGCUGCACCUAGACCACGCAAGAAGGGUAGCUUCAAAAUGGACACUGGGCACCGGUCGCGAGUUAUCCUCAUACCCACCUCUACUGUACGCAGAAAUCUUUGGCUUGGAAGAUGCUUGGAUGGUGUACAAAGAAGCAAAACUCUUUAUCCGUAUGGAGAAGAAAAAGGGCAAGCCUGAUACAACAUGUAAGUCAUGUUUUACUGUCGGUCUGCCAGAGUCACACUAA